AUGUGUGAUAGCUGCUGCUCCUCAGGCUGCCAGUCGGCCAGCUGCUCAUCCCUGUGCUGUGUCCCCACCACCAACUGCUCACCCUCGUGCUCCAUGAGCUCCAGCUGCAGCCCACCAUCCUCCUGUAUGACCCUGCUGUGCCAGCCCAUGUCCAGCCAGUCACCCUGUGGGGCUGCCAGCUGCUCUUCUGGUGGCUCCCAGUGUCUGUGCUGCCCCUCCUCCUGCAGCUUGACUUGCUGUGUGCCCAGCUCCUGCCAGGCAGCCAGCUGUGUGCCUGUGAGCUGCAAGCCCGCUGUGUGUGUGCCCGUGAGUUGCAAGCCCGCUGUGUGUGUGCCCGUGAGCUGCAAACCUGCUGUGUGUGUGCCCGUAAGCUGCAAACCUGCUGUGUGUAUGCCUGUGAGCUGCAAACCUGCUGUGUGUGUGCCCAUGAGCUGCAAGCCAGUUGUGUGCAUGCCCAUGAGCUGCCAGCCCACUAUGUGUAUGACCCCCUCUUGCCAGUCUUCUGACAGCUGCCAGCCCUCCUGUUCCACUCUUCUCUGCAAACCCAUCACCUGUGGCAGCCCUGCUUGCUGCUGA